ACGUUCUAACGGCAGGGUUCACGUUUCUCAAUACAGUGAAACACGUGAAGUUUGAUUAGCGAUUAAUGCUAAGUGUAUAAGCUAAGAGUGUAAUUUUAGUCAAACAGAGCAAUUUCUUAGUAAUACAUCUGAGGGAAAUGUUGAUAAUCCGGUGCCAUUUUCACUAUUAUUGGGUGCACAGUGUUGUCUGUAUAAAAGGAUUUAAGGACUAAGCUGUCGUUAACCUCAGUUAGCUAGUUUGCUCAGUUUGCUAGCAGCCUAAUGUGUUGUUGUGAUGCUAAUCAGGUGUACAGUGAGCGAUAUGGUGGAAACACAGGGCAUUCAAAUCCACAGGAGAAGGGCAGUGUUACUGUGGGGGGAAAUGGCCGAGUGUUAGUGUUAGUGCACUCUGUAGGGAGGACGUGUUGAUUUGAGACGCACCCAUCCGGACACAUGUUCAGUUCUGGUGUUGAACACGAGGCUGCGGGUGAGAGAUGAUGUUCCUCAGAGUGGCUGUGAGCAGAACCGGGAGCGGGUACAGGUACAGAGUGUUUGGGUUCCGCUCGCGGCCCAGAAUGACUCUCCCGAACGCUCUGGACAUUUCGGCUAAAAGCUGUUCGAGUUCCUGUGAGAACCGGAGCGAGCUGAGGUGGGAUCUGAGCCCGGAGCAGAUCCGGCAGCGGACGGAGAAACUGAUGCAGAGGGUGGAGCAUGCGUACGCCUCGGUGGCGGCGGUGGACGUGGAGAAGGUGUGUUAUGAGAACACGCUACAGGUUCUAGCAGAGGCCAAGCUGGAUUACGCUGCGUCCCGGCACAUGCUGGACUUCCCUCAGUACGUCUCCCCGUGUAAAGACGUGCGGUCUGCGAGCACCGAGGCAGACAAACGCCUGUCCGAGUUUGACGUGGAGAUGAGUAUGAGAUCAGACGUGUUCCACAGACUCAUAGCACUGCAGGAACGGCGAUGUAAUGAUUUACUCCCCGAGUCGCGGAGGUUUAUGGAGCGGCUGAUUAAUCUGGGGAGGAGAAACGGACUGCAUCUGUCUGCAGAUGUGCAGCAGGAGAUCAAAAAACUUUCUAAAAGAAUGAGCGAACUUUCGAUAGAUUUCAACCAGAAUGUGAAUGAAGAAAACACGGUUCUGAUCUUCUCUUCAGAAGAGCUGGGUGGUCUGGCUGAGAGUUAUUUAAACGGUUUGGAGAAGACGGAGGACGGGCGGUACAGGGUGACGCUGGCGUACCCGCACUACUUCCCUCUGAUGAAGAGAUGUCACGUUCCAGAGACCAGGAGGAAGAUGGAGGCGGCUUUUAACAGCAGGUGUAAAGAGGUGAACACAGAAAUCCUCGAACAGCUGAUUGAGUUGCGUGCGAAGGCGGCUAAGCUGCUGGGCUUUAGCAGUCAUGCUAACUAUGUGCUAGAGAUGAAUAUGGCCAGGAACUCCAACACGGUGUCUCACUUCCUCGAUGAGUUGUAUGAGAAGUUGAAGCCGGUGGGUCAGAAGGAGCGUCAGUACCUCCUCUCACUCAAACAAGCCGAGUGCCAGAGGCGGGGCCUGGACUGUGACGGACAGCUGCACGCGUGGGAUCUGCCGUACUACAUGAACCAGGUGGAGCGGGUGAAGUUUGCGGUGGAUAAGGACAAGCUGCUCGAGUAUUUCCCACUGGAGGUGGUGACUGAGGGUCUGCUGGGGAUCUACCAGGACGUCCUGGGGCUCCGCUUCCACCAAAUCCAAAACCCUCACGUGUGGCACGAGAGCGUGAAGCUUUACACCGUACUCGACGCCACCACGGGUGAGGAGAUUGGACGCUUUUAUCUGGACCUACAUCCCAGAGAAGGGAAGUACGGCCACGCCGCGUGUUUCGGUCUGCGGCCCGGGUGUCUCGGUCCUGACGGGAAGCGUAUGAUCCCGGUGGCAGCCAUGGUGGCCAACUUCACCAAACCUUCACGUAACUGGCCGUCUCUACUGCAGCACCAUGAAGUGGAGACCUUCUUCCACGAGUUCGGUCACGUGAUGCACGAGCUGUGCUCCAGGACUCGCUAUGCGGAGUUCAGCGGCACGCUGGUGGAGACGGACUUCGUGGAGGUUCCCUCUCAGAUGCUGGAGAACUGGGUGUGGGAGAAGGAGCCACUCAGGAGGAUGUCUCGCCACUACAUCGACGGCAGCUCCAUCCCCGAUAGCCUGCUGGAUAAACUCAUCGCCUCCAGAGUGGCUAACACUGGUCUGAUGAACCUCAGACAGAUCGUGCUCAGUAAAGUGGACCAGGCGCUCCACACCAAGUCUUCUGCUGACACCAGCGCCGAGUUCUCCAAGCACUGUAGGGAGAUUUUGGGAAUCCCGGCUACACCAGGGACGAACAUGACGGCGAGUUUCUGUCACCUGGCCGGAGGUUACGAUGGUCAGUAUUACAGCUACCUGUGGAGUGAAGUUUAUUCCAUGGACAUGUUCUUCAGCCGCUUCAGGAAGGAGGGAAUCAUCAACCCCAAGGUAGGUAAGGAGUACAGGAGAGUGGUUCUGGAGGCCGGUGGCUCGGUGGACGGGACGGAGAUGCUGAAAACGUUUCUGGGCCGUGAGCCGUGUCAGGAUGCGUUCUUCCAGUGUAAAGGACUCGCAAAUCAGUAUCUGAGUUUCUGUGAAGGAAAAUACGCACCACAGAGUUUAAUAUUAAAUCAUUUUGGUUUUCACAUCACCAAGUCAAACAUCAGAGAAGAAAAGCACAAAAAUGAAGCUUUGGUUGGACAGGGGAUGAAGUAGCGGGAGACCUGGGAGUAUACGAAAAGGACUUUUUCCAAACUGUAGUGUCCUUAUGUGGAUGUUAGAUACUUUAGUAGUAGCUUUGAAACUAUUACAAACCAAGCCGAUGAAUAAACAGACUGAUUUGCUGAGUGAAUUUAAUAGAUACGUGAGGCAUAAGUACAAAACUUUUAAACACAUUUUUACAGACGGAUCAAAAGAUCCAAUUACAGCAAACACAGGCUCCGCGCAGUAGUUCCCAGUCAGAGGAAUGAGAUAUGCAGGCGGACCUCAAAUAACUUAAGUGUAUAUGCCGUGGAGCCGUAUGCCAUCUUCAUAGCAUUAGAAUGGAUUGAACAAAAUAAAGCAAAUAAAGCUUUAAUCUGUAGUGAUUCAGUAUCUGCCGUCCGGAGUCUUAAAUCAGGAAUGGCAAGAAAUCACCAGGAACUGUUUUAUGAACUCACGAUUAUCCAUUAAAGAAUAAAGAAGCAAGAUAAGGAGGUUAUAUUCAUGUGGAUCCCAGUGCAUUUUGUCAUUAUGGGAAAUGAAAGGGUAGACAAUAUAGCCCAGAGCAAGCGUUGAAAAAAGAGAUUAUACAUACAGACAUCAUUCUUUCAAGAUCAGAAGAGAAGAGCAUUGUAUGGGAACGAAUUAGUCAAGAAUGCCAACAACAGUGGGAUCAAGAAUUAAAAGGUAGACAUCUCGUUAAAAAGAAGAGUGGAUGAAGGGAGAUGAAGGGGAAAAACAGGAGAGAGGAGUCUAUUAUAACCAGACACAAUACGUUACAUACACUCCAUAUUAUAGAGAAACAUCCAACUGGAUUUUGUGAACAUUGUCAAAUACCAGAGACUGUAGAACACGUGCUUGUUAUUUGUCGGAAAUAUGAAACACAAAGGAUGGACAUGAUAACAGACAUAAGGAAAGAAUAGGAUUAACAGGACAUGGAGUAAAGAAUAUAUCGGAAUGCAGUGGGAGUGAAAAAGGAAGGAAAUACUUGAUCUGCUUUCUAAUAAAAACUGGACUAAAGACGAGGACAUGACAUGGUGCACUGUAUAGGAGUUAAAUAAAUUCAGAAGAUGGCAGUAGUGCAACAUCGAGGAUGCAAGCUGCCGUUAAAAUCCGAAGAAGAAGAACAGAAUCAGCGUUUUUCACCUCAGUGUCUGUCUCAGUCUGCAGAUUUGAACCUAGUUGAAACCCUGUGAAGAGGACGUCCACACACACACACACUCUCACACACGCACACACCGAGCUGAGAAUAUGAAGGAAUGUUUUAAAAGUUGUGUGUAGAUGAUGGCCCGAGGUCCUCUACACACGUCUCCAAGCUUGUCCAGGAGACACAGAGCUUCACUUAAUGGAAUGAAGCUCCAUUAAGUCAACAUGAUCAUAGAAAAACUCUGAAUUAUUUGUGUUGCACAAAAAUGUUAAAAUAAAACAAUA